AGGGCACCAUCUCCCACUUCCAACUCCACCCCUUCUCACCCCCUUCCUCACCUUCCCCCAUCCUGAUCACCCUCCUCUCCUCUUCACCACCUCAUCUCCUCCUCUUCUUCCAGACCCGCGUCUGUAGCCGCUCAUGUCGGCCUCAGCGCCCGUCGAGCGCUCUCGCAGCAACUCAGAGUCCAUCGUAACCCAGUCCUCCCGCGCUGCCAAACGCAUGGGCUUCGUCGUCUCCCGCAGAAACCAGGAUCUCUCAAACGUGCCUGAGCUCUCCCGCGCGACCUCUGAUCGCAUUCUCUCUUCUUCUUCUUCUGCUGCUGUUUUUUCUGGAUCAGCACUGUCGUCAUCUCACAACACCGCCCCAUCCAGUGCUACCAGCAGUGCUACCAGCACUACCACCAGCACUACCAGAGCAACCUCCUCCUCAAGAGCUCCUCCGCCACAAAUACCCCCCUCCUUCUCAUUCUCCUCCUCCUCCUCCUCCUCCGCAAACGGCAUCUCGCCACACCACCUCCCACCCCGCCCAUCCCUCUCCCCGUCCUCCUCCACAGACGCACCCCACACCAACGCCACUCUCGCUCCCGCCUCCUCCUCAAGCUACAAAUAUCGACAGCACUCCCGCGGUAUAUCGCACGACUCAAUCAUGGAGUUCUCAUACCCUGCAAUCGGCGAGCGCGGCGGUAAUCCGCUCCCCGCACCCGGCUCGGUCCCGCUCGCAGCCACCUCGAGCUCGUCUUCAAACUCCUCUACCUCAAGCAACCACUCCACACACACCAUCCGCGACCGCGACCGCAACGAUUCCGCCGCGUCUUCAAGCUCGACCGUUUCCGGAUCCACAGUCACCUCCGCUGCCAGCGGCAAGAGUCAUAAAUGCCACAAGAGCCACAAGAGCAACGGCAGCGCCGGCUUCGGCGUCAAAGAAGCUUCAAACCUCGAUGUCGAGUCGCAACCCAAUGCGUACUUUAAGCGAUUGUCGGUCAUGAAAGAAGAGCAUCCUCAUCUGACUGUUCCGUCGCCGACCGCCGCGACUUUCCCUGCCACCGCGCAUGCCAGCCACGCACAGUCGUCGAUGAUUAUGUUUUCUACGCAGAUCGUCGAGUCUUCCCGAAGUAUCCUCUUCUCAAUCUCGCAGCUACUACCCGCAGUCCGUCAUUUUCUCGCCUUUUGCGACGACAAAAAACUCUCCUCCGUGCUCGCAAAUAUUAUCUACGGAUCAAAGAUCCAGAUUGAUAAUCUCGUUCGCUCGCUAGAGCACCACGACGCUCUUCUUGCCUCUACCUCCGCAAACGCGGCAGCCGCGGCGGCGGCGGCAGCGGCGGGGGGCAAAACGGCCGCUCGCGGAACCCCGCCGAUAGCUGCCGCGCACUCUAUCGAGCCCGUGAUCCACGCGACGCUGACCUGUCUGCACACGUUCAAGCACGUUGUUUCGCUGGUGCAAGGCAACAUCCGCUCGCUAGCAUCGCGGGCAGAGAUCAGGCACACGCGAUCGUUUUUCCUGCUGCUGUUUGGCACGCUGGCGGAAGUGCGCAACGCGUGGAAUACUCUGCUGCCUGCGCUCGAAGAGUGUCGCACGCCGGUCUAUUCCUACCUUUCAAACAAUGGGGGUGGGGGUGGCAAAGUGCUCGCGAGCGUUGUGCGGUCGCAGUCCGCUGCGCGCCAGCGAUCGCCGCAGCCAUUGCAGUACACAUCAGCUCCACCGCAUCUGUCGUCGCCGAACGGGCUUGCGACACCGAAUCCGUCUACGCUGACGAUCGAAAACAUGCCGCCGCCGCUUCUGCCGUCGUCGAUGAAUCUCCCGACGCCUUCGUUCCUGCCGCAGACGCCGCACUCUAUCGGGUCCCAGAAAAAGAUCCCGCCGGCGAUCAUCACGUCGCUGGGCGGACCUGCCGUCCAGCAUCCGCCUACGCCAGGAUACUUUGCGACCGGCGUCGGCGGGCCUGCGAUCAUGAGUCCGACCGUGGGCUCGUACUACGUACCCUCAACUCCGAUGGAGAGCGGUCCCGUGGCGUUUCAUUUCCCUAUGGAGCCAUCGGAAGGCGACGACGAGUUAUUUGACCGGAUCAACAACGCGAUCCAGUCCGCGAACUCGGUGCUUUCGCUCGUGCUGGGUGGUAUUGCGGCCGAGGUGGGCAGCGGCGGCGGGGAAAAGGAGCAGCCGGAUUAUAAGAUGCUUGAUUUGCGGAGUAUGUGUGAGAUGGGGCUUGAUAUCACUGGGCAGUUGAAGGUUCGGUUGACUACGAUCCGCGACGGGGAUUAUGGUGAGCGGCAGAGGUUUGGGGAGGAGACGAAUACGUUUGUUAGAGUCAUCAUCAACAUUUUGGAGUUCACAAAGACGAUUCUGAGCGACUACAACUUCCUAAGCGAAGCUCGACCGCAACUAUCCUCGCUGACGCGGGUGACCAAAGAAGUGCUCACCGGCGCCCUGCGACCGAGUGAAAAGUCUUCGGCCACUGCCGCGUCCACGAUGGUGGCUACUCCGAACCCGACUUCCAGCUGAAUCUAGCUGAAAAAAACGACUUUUAUAUAAUGAUUACUGAUGAUGAAUCGACGGAGAUGAAAUGGGAGUAUUUGGGAUCAAUGGACGGGCUAAAAGGCGCAUAUAUAGAUGAAAUGGAUACCUCUGGAUCUAUAUGAUUUGUGUUUUUACGACUAUAUAUAUAUAUACAAGCCCAUGCCUGGGAUCGAGCUGCCGCCGCGCUUUGAAUGCUGGGAGUGGGCGAGAGCAGGUGUGGGUGCAUUACUGAAAGUGUACAUGUGUUUUUUCAUCUAUUUCUUUCGUUUAUUAUACAGGGCGUUCGUUUGCUGUUAUGAUUAUUAGAUAUCGUGAAUUUUAAGUACAUAUUCAUCCUUUAUUCUGUUUAUCCACCUGAGUAUACUAUGGUAGGAUAUGUAUUCUUUAUCAACAUUUUACGUUGAUUUUUAGUGGGCAAAAUAGUGACGAGAAAGAAAAACUCGCCCGCCAACAACCGAAAGUCGCUGCUGCCGCUUUUUUU